AUGGCUUUUUCCAAAGCCGCACGCUUCCCCAGCCGGGACUUUUCUACUCCCGGACCGGGGAGCUACAGCCCAAGUGCCAGCCCGAGGCUCUCUGGCGUACCUGCGUACACGUUUGGGCAACGGUCCAGACGUCAGAAAAGGGCCACGGCCAUGUUGCCGACAGUGAAUGUUGCAAAUCUGCAACUUGCGCAGGAACUGGGCCGUGGUGGCAUGGGAACGGUCCGCAGGGGAAGUUUUAUGGGCGAGCUUAUUGCUGUAAAGACUUAUCGCUAUGACCCGGUGGUCUGGUGCGACCCGGAAGAAGACCGGAAAGGAUUAGUGAGAGAAGCAUUGAGGCUCCAAAGGCUGGACCACCCGAACGUGGUGCAGGUGGUUUGUCUCGUGUCUGAGAAGCGCACUAUGGUCGGGUUUGGCAUGGAGCAGCUCGGCGAAAGCCUUGCAAGGGCUUCUGACAAAGGACGACUAAGCGGGCGUCGCCUUGCCAGGGCCUUUCGGGCGACGUGCGAGGCUGUGGCAUACAUCCACGGGAUGCUGGUCGCUCAUUUGGACAUCAAGGAAUCCAACCUGUGUUGUUCCCGACCGUGGAGCUUCAAUGUCAAAGUGAUUGACUUCGAUGCUGCAAUGGAGCUCAAGAAUUCUGACGAUACUCUUAACAGGUUUCCGGGCACCUUCGAGGCAGCAAGCCCGGAACGUAAAGCCAGGCAGCCCUGCCGUGCGGUCGCGGAAGACUAUUACAUGACCGGAUAUGCCUUCUUGAACUUACUCACCAAAACACCACCCGACCGCGCAGCAGAGUUUCUGCGAGCUCGCGUGAUGCCUUUGCUGCGACGUGCAGAGCAAAGGCCGUCCGUGCAGCAGAUCCUGCAGACUUGGAACAAUCCCAUCGAAGCCGCAGCGGAGCCGGCAGAGCCAUUGCCGACUCUUCUUGCGAGCGAACCGGCCAAUGGUGACGUCCUCACAAAGCUUUUUCAGUAG